GCUGGGACCCGGACCUCCAACUAGCCUCUUUCAGCCACCUCGUCGUCCGGGCCUUGGAACUGUUGGAAAACCAAUUCGACUGUUAGCUAAUCAUUUUCAGGUUCAGAUCCCUAAAAUAGAUGUGUAUCACUAUGAUGUGGAUAUUAAACCAGAAAAACGGCCUCGUAGAGUCAACAGGGAGGUAGUAGAUACAAUGGUGAGACACUUCAAGAUGCAGAUAUUUGGUGAUCGGCAGCCUGGCUAUGAUGGCAAAAGAAACAUGUACACAGCACAUCCACUGCCAAUUGGACGGGAUAGGGUUGAUAUGGAAGUGACCCUCCCAGGUGAGGGUAAAGACCAAACCUUCAAAGUGUCUGUUCAAUGGGUGUCUGUUGUAAGCCUUCAGUUGCUUUUAGAAGCUUUAGCUGGGCACUUGAAUGAAGUCCCAGAUGACUCAGUACAAGCACUUGAUGUUAUCACAAGACAUCUUCCCUCUAUGAGGUAUACUCCCGUGGGUCGUUCCUUCUUCUCACCUCCUGAAGGUUACUACCACCCUCUGGGAGGGGGCAGAGAGGUUUGGUUUGGUUUCCAUCAGUCUGUAAGACCUGCUAUGUGGAACAUGAUGCUCAACAUUGAUGUAUCUGCAACUGCUUUCUACAGGGCUCAGCCUAUUAUUGAGUUCAUGUGUGAGGUUUUAGACAUUCAGAACAUCAAUGAACAGACCAAACCUCUAACAGACUCCCAGCGUGUCAAGUUUACCAAAGAAAUCAGAGGUCUCAAAGUUGAAGUGACUCACUGUGGACAGAUGAAACGAAAAUAUCGAGUUUGUAAUGUGACUAGACGACCAGCCAGUCAUCAAACUUUUCCUUUGCAGCUAGAAAAUGGUCAAGCGAUGGAAUGUACAGUAGCUCAAUAUUUUAAGCAAAAGUAUAGUCUACAGCUGAAAUAUCCCCAUCUUCCCUGUCUCCAAGUGGGACAAGAACAAAAGCAUACAUACUUGCCACUUGAGGUCUGUAACAUAGUGGCAGGACAGCGAUGUAUAAAGAAACUCACAGACAAUCAGACUUCCACGAUGAUCAAAGCCACAGCAAGAUCUGCUCCUGACAGACAGGAAGAGAUCAGUAGACUGGUGAAGAGUAACAGUAUGGUGGGCGGACCUGAUCCUUACCUGAAAGAAUUUGGGAUUGUUGUGCACAAUGAAAUGACAGAGCUCACAGGCAGGGUGCUUCCAGCACCAAUGCUGCAAUAUGGAGGACGGAAUAAAACAGUAGCCACACCCAACCAGGGUGUCUGGGACAUGCGAGGAAAGCAGUUUUAUGCUGGCAUUGAAAUUAAAGUUUGGGCAGUUGCUUGUUUUGCGCCUCAGAAACAAUGUAGGGAAGAUUUACUAAAAAGUUUCACUGACCAACUGCGUAAAAUCUCCAAGGAUGCAGGAAUGCCCAUCCAGGGUCAGCCAUGUUUCUGCAAGUACGCACAAGGGGCUGACAGCGUGGAGCCCAUGUUUAAACAUCUGAAAAUGACAUAUGUGGGCCUACAGCUGAUAGUUGUUAUCUUGCCGGGAAAGACACCAGUAUAUGCGGAGGUAAAACGUGUUGGAGAUACCCUUCUAGGUAUGGCCACACAGUGUGUCCAGGUGAAAAAUGUAGUGAAGACCUCACCCCAAACCCUUUCCAAUCUUUGCCUGAAGAUAAAUGCAAAGCUUGGAGGGAUUAACAAUGUACUUGUACCUCAUCAAAGGCCCUCGGUGUUCCAGCAACCUGUCAUCUUCCUGGGAGCAGAUGUCACUCACCCUCCAGCGGGAGAUGGGAAGAAGCCCUCCAUAGCGGCCGUGGUGGGCAGUAUGGAUGGCCACCCCAGCAGGUAUUGCGCCACGGUUCGGGUGCAGACUUCCCGGCAGGAGAUCUCCCAAGAGCUCCUCUACAGUCAGGAGGUCAUCCAGGACCUCACUAACAUGGUUCGAGAACUUCUGAUCCAAUUCUACAAAUCCACACGCUUCAAACCCACUCGCAUCAUCUAUUACCGCGGAGGGGUAUCCGAGGGACAAAUGAAACAGGUAGCUUGGCCGGAAUUAAUUGCGAUUCGAAAGGCAUGUAUCAGUUUGGAGGAAGAUUAUCGGCCAGGAAUAACAUAUAUUGUGGUGCAAAAGAGACAUCACACAAGACUGUUCUGUGCAGAUAAAACAGAAAGGGUGGGGAAAAGUGGCAAUGUACCAGCAGGCACUACGGUGGAUAGUACCAUCACACAUCCAUCUGAGUUUGACUUUUACCUUUGUAGUCAUGCAGGAAUUCAGGGAACCAGCCGCCCUUCACAUUACCAGGUCUUGUGGGAUGACAACUGCUUCACUGCAGAUGAGCUCCAGCUACUGACUUAUCAGCUGUGUCACACCUAUGUGAGGUGCACACGCUCAGUCUCUAUUCCAGCCCCUGCAUAUUAUGCCCGGCUAGUGGCAUUUAGGGCGAGGUAUCAUCUGGUGGAUAAAGAUCAUGACAGCGCGGAAGGCAGUCAUGUGUCAGGACAGAGCAACGGCCGGGAUCCUCAGGCCUUGGCUAAGGCUGUGCAGAUUCACCAUGAUACCCAGCACACAAUGUAUUUUGCCUGAGAGUCUCAGAAAAAAAGAACUCAACCAGUUUGGUACCCCAUACAGCCUCAAAAUGUUUCAAAUGCCUACCGCCUCUAGAUAGAGCCAAGUUGACUUCAGUUGGUCUUCUACCAGCAGUUCGGAAUAGUUGCACUGAAUCUAUACUUUGCAGCACUGUCUGAUGCAUCAACAAAUUGAGCCAUUUUUUUAAAGUAAUAGAUACUCAUAGAUUAUCUUUUCUGAUGCACUGGACAGAAUUUUUACCUCAAUGUGCAAAGGCUGAUCAGCCUGAACUUUCUAAAGGACUUUACAAGAAAGGUUUCUAUGGAAUAUUUUGCUAGCUGUGGUGUUCACCGCAUCCCUCUAGUCUUAUAAGAGAAGAUUAUCCCUUUUUUUCUGUGUUUAUUGAGUGGGGGUGUAUGCAUAAGUGGGAAAGAAAAACCAAACAAACUACUUCAGUUCAGUGUAACUAAUUGGAUGAGCCCAUAGACUUUUUAAUGGAGAUUUCUGACUUUACCACUGUAAAUGCCUUUAACGAGCAUUAAUUUUUGAAAGUUUUACAGAGUUUAAUAUUAUUAGUUUUACUACUUUAUCUUAUUGAUCUCUGCAGACUUGUGCUGGUGCAAGUAUAGACUGCUAGGCAAUUGCACUAUAUUUGGCUGCAGAUUCAAACAGGCACUUCUCUUAUUCAGUUGACUUUAAUGAAUGUGUGACAUAAACAGAUGAAAUGCAUGUCACAGUGACAGAUAAUACUGCCAUGGAAAAAGUACAUGUUUCUCCCUAUUUGAAAAAAAAAAUUAGCUUUUAGUAUUUUUCCAAGUUUUCAAAAGUGCCCAUUUUAUGCUGCUGCGGUGUGAUUUGUUAGAUCUAAAUGAUUUUUAAACUUUUCUCAUAGAAAGUUAACUUUGGCAAUAAACAUUUUUUAAGGUCCCUCCUCUUCUUCCCCCAAUGAUGUAGUUUUCUAGAUGAGAUUUCAGUAUGAUUUUAUCAGCUAUUUCUUAUAUAUCAUAAUCUGGCAAUUUCUGAAACCAGUCAGAAAAGACAUAUAUUUCCAUGCCUUUUGAAAGAAUUGUUUUUUACUUGUUUUAUAGUCAGAAUCGGUGUCCUGUCAUUUUGUUCUAAAAUAAGCUAGAACCAGGAUGCUUUCUUAUUGGAUAGGGUUUGCCAGUGAUGUUGCACUUGCAAAAAAAAAAAAGUACCAGCAUUGAACAUUUUUUCCUGGAAAUCAAGUUUAUUUACACAAUUACUUGCAGUGCAUUUUUUUUUCCUUUUUCUUUCUCUUUCAACCUGAAAUGUACUUGGGUUUUCCUUCCUUUUAUUCAACUAAAACUGUGUAGAAAAGGUUGAUUUUUCUGAAGAUUCUGGAAUCCACUCACAGGGAGACAGGAUUCCUUUCUUGCCCAAAAAAGGGAGUUGAUCUAAAGCAAGCAUCAAUUAAAAUGUAAGGGAAAAUAUAUUCUGUAUUUAGUGUAGAUAAUACUUUGUAAUGGACGACAGUUACAUAGAGUCUUGUUAGUUCCAGCCAGUGUUUCCCAGCCCACAUUUUACUGAUUGAUUUAUUCUCCAUCCUGGAACCACUGGAGUGAGAGAUUAAGGGCCCUCGAGGAGCCAUACUCCAUUGGCUGAGGAAGAUGCUGGGGGAAGAGACAGACACAAUGUGGUGAAAACGUCUGGAAACUGCUGGUGGGAAACACUGGAUCAGAUGGUGAAGGAUGUUUGCUUGAACUCAUUAGUUGGUCCAAAUCUCUUAAACUGGCCUUCUCAAAAUCCCAGCAAUAUAAAGCACUGUUUUUCUUCAGUCUUUUAAACAAGCUUGUAAAUACAUUGAAGUUUACAUUUCCAUGUACUGUUGCUCAGCGGCGCCCCAGUGUUUGCUGAGACUGGUCUCUGAAUGAGAGUUUUAUAAUGUCUAUCAAGUCCUAUAGCUCAUUACCAUGAGUGCAGAUGUCCUUAAUCUCUGCAGAUAGUGGGAAGAAAGCAAGUUCUGUGACUGAAGCACAACAUAGGCAGGAGAGAAGAGAUGGCAGAUGUUAAUUUCUUAAGAUUUUUCCUUUUUUGCAAAUACCUCACUUGGUUAAUACAAAUCAGGACAUGUUGGUGAGGGGCUGGCUGCUGCUUUUAUUCACACUUGUUCAGGGAGAGCACAGAAAAUACUCUUCAGCAUGGCCGCUCUGGACCCAAGAGGAGGAAAAAAAUGGAAGCUUUUUAGGAGAAGAAGGACUCUUGGUGGCUGACUGGCUGGCCAGCAGGCACCACACCUGCACUUGAGUGCCUCGGGCUUGCUUCUUAAAAAAACGCACAGAACGCUCACCAUCUCCUGGCAUCUACGGAGCAGGGAGCAAGGCCGAGUGCCCAGAAGCCCUGAUACGCUUGCCUGCAGUUGGGCUGUAUGCUCAACCUUGAACUAUACCUUUUGUAGACCUCAGUCAGUCCUAGUACACUGGGGCCAAUCAGUGUGGUGGUGGAGGAAAAGCCGGGAGGCCUAUUUUUAUAGGAAAACAGUACCAGUAAGGGUGCAAUGCUGUCAUUUUGGACAAAAAGAAGUAGGAUUAUUGGGAAAAACUUGCUGAGGGGUGAAUCUUUAAAAGAUAAUUACUGCACAAUCAGAAUUGCAGCAAUUCCAUUGCAAGCAAGUCUGAAUGCAUAGUUUUAAUUUAAUUUGGCUUGAUGAGCCAAUAGGUAAACCCCCUUGGGACUGACUGAAUCGUUAUGCAUGUGUCAAUCAAUGGGAGGUGUGCAUUCUCUAGAAGUAGAGUUAGGCUGUUUGGUUUUUUAAAAAUGCAGCCUGUUUAGGCUCUGUCAUGUGGUGUGAAAGAUUUAAAUGUAGCAAUGCUAAAGAGUAACAAUUUGAGGAUAAGGAGCAGGACAUUAAGAGAGUGGUGAAGACCCAAAUGUUGAACUAAUUAUGUUUUGUUGUUGUUAUUGUUAGCUGUUAUAAAGCGAACCAGCUGGUGUAAUGCAGCCAGCAUUCUGGGCAGGCAGAACAUAUUCAUUCUUACUGUAAAUUCUAUUUGCUGCUUCCAAAGGUGAUGAUUUACAUGCAGACAUGUUCUAUAUGGUCUGUAUUUUAGGAUCUGGUGCCCAGCCUAUAUCAGAGCUUAUCUAUCUGGCUGAGCUACCUACCCCUUCCCACGGGCAAAGGUUUAACAAAGCUCACCCUCUCCAUCCUGUCCUAGCAACCCUUUAUGGUGUGCUGUAAGGUUUUCUUGCUCAAUAGCAGGGUGGUUACUCUGCUUUCAUUUUAAGAAGGUGGAGGCUGAGGGCAUUGUAUCAAUACUGCUUCAACUCCAAGAAUUUUUCCUUGUAAAAUUAAAGGAAAGAGCUUGUUAUCUACCAAUUAACCAUUUUCUUAUCCCUUGCUAUUGACAUAUUCAUGCUCUUUCAUGUCUAGUGGCUGAAAAUGUUUGCAUUGGUUCAUUUGACUAAUGGUGUGAUUUUUGUUCCUCGACUGUUAGACUUGUAAUGUUUUAAAAUGUAUUUUAUUAAAUUUGGACUGGAUGUAUGUCUCUAGCAAUACGAGGUACUUUCUAAGCUAUUAAGGGAGGGGUUGUAUCCCCAUGUGGAGAUAAAAUAAUGGUUGUUUAAAUUUGCAAAUUUUUUUUUUGGCCUGCAGGGAUAUUUUGUGUUCAUGUGUCCAAAAAAAAAAAAAAAA